GCUCUGUGCAUCAUCACGGAGAUGUCUUUAUCACAGAUGUGCUUUGGGGUAAAGGAGAAGCAGGAAGAGGAAAGUGAUGUGGAGUGUGAAGCCUGGCCAUGACCAGAUUUCCUCUUUUUACCAAAAUUCAGUUGCAAGAGCUAGGUCCCUCCGUGGGGUGGUGUUGGGCAGGGGGGACAGGCUGAGCAGCAAAAACAGGGGGGCACAUUUGCUCCUCCCCAAGCGUUGUCUGUGCCCAGGGCUCCCCGGGACAUGACCAGGCUGUGGUGUGUGGAUCCUCAGCAAAGGGCAACACAGGUUUGUCCCCUCUCCUCAGCCCUUCUCCCCACAGCUCCAUACUGGGGCCUUGCAAACCUGGGGUGUGCUCAUGCACCCACAUCCCUGCCUCAAACCAGAGGAGCUGACAGGGAUUUUCCCCUCCCUCCAUGGAUUAAAACCCACCCAAACCAAGGCAAGUUUCCGCAGCGUUCGCCAGGGUGGUAUCCCUGCCCAGGCCCACACCUGGGAUGUUUCUCCUGAGCACAAAAACGUUUGUAAGAGCUUCCAGUGCCUUCACCUUUUUCUGACACCCUCCCAGCUCAGCUGGUGGUUGAAAGCAAGGGCUUUGGCGAAGCUGUCACAGGAAACCCUCCCUGCCCGCUGGCCUUUCACUGGAAGGGCUCUCCUGGGGUCCAGCCCAGCUCAGCAGCCUGGCUUCUGGUGUCCAGGUUGGAUAACAAACCCAGAGCAGCCUGGCCAUGGUGGGAGCCAGCAGCAGCAGCAGCAGCGAGGCAAUCUGCUGAAAUCCUCCCAGCUUCCAUUAGCUCUGCAGUCCUUUCCCACCCUGCUUCCAUGUGCCUGGAAGGCACGUGAGCAGCUUCCGCCACCUGCUCCCAAGAGGCUGCUGCUCCUGCAAGGGCAAGAGGGGGACCCUGACCCGCAAGGCGGGAUGGGGUGUCCCUGCUCCAGGGGUGCUCCCCAUAUGUCUGACCUGGGUGAUGUCCCCAUAGGCAUUUCUGCAGCCAAGCAAAGCCGGCAUGAGAUGAGUCAGGGCUGGCUACAACCCCCCCUCCUCCCUCCUGCUUGCAGGAGCAGUGUUAAGGGAAGAAAUGCAAAAGGCUUUGAUGGAAGGAGCAGAGACAGAGGCAGCCUGGUUCAGGCUGUGCCCUCCUCCACUGCCACUGACCUUUGUGGGCUGAAAGCUGGGAUUUUGCAUCAAGCCUGCAGGAACUGAGUUUUCCUAGGAGUUUCUGAUCUUGCUUGCAGUUCUCAAGGGGGUUUGAGUGUACCAGAGUGCUGGCAGGAUAAUCCUUUCUGUAGGAAACUGUGUAACACAAGGCUUGUUGUUCUAGCUCCUCUGAGACUCUGCCAAAGCGUAGGGGCUGGAAAGCCUUCCCAGGCAACACGGUCCCCCUGGCAUCAUGUCCAGUGGGAAUCAAGGCCGGGAGAUGGGCUUUUUUCAGAGCUGUUGAGGCUGGAAUAGAUGCUCCCAGCCUGAGCAGCUGCCUUUGUUCCAUCUCCCUGGGGCUGCUGUGUGGUGACCUUGGCAGGUGCCAGUGCAGUGACUUGAGCUCCUGGAAGACAGCCCAUCUACACGGGGCACUGCUGCCUGGGCAGCCUCUGUGGUAGAAGGACAGGUGGGAGCGCUGCAAACUCUCUGGGGAGGUUUGCAGUGCUGCCUCAGUUUCCCCAGCCUCAUCCUGUCCCACUAGGAGCACUCAGGGGAAGAGCAGAAAUCUGUCCUCAGGUCUCACAGGCCUGUCAUGAAUGCAUAGGCCAUGUCCUCUGUCCCCACGCUGCCACUCUGGAGGUGCCAGUCCCUGCUGUGCCUCGCUGGGAGCCUUAUCCGAUGUCUGCCCAGGGAGGAAGUGGUUAAAAUAACCGGAUUUCCUGGGUGUGAUGCUGGAAGGGAAGGCGACCUGCAGAAGUGAUUGGAGGGAAGGUGACCUGCAGAACUGCUUUGCAAGGCACUUUCUGGUGUCCGGAAAGUCCUGAGUGAGACUGAACUUGAAUUCCAGCUAGAACUCGGUCUUUCCAGCCAAAAUUUAAGAGCUUAAGUAACUCCUUUCUCUGCACACCCCCAGCCCUCUCCUCCUGAGGGCAGCCGAAUUUAUUCAUAGCACCCUUGUCCCACUGCAGGGGUGGCCGCCACCUUCCAGGUGCCACGAUAACACUCAGGAGCGAGAGGGCAAAGAGCGGUGGUUCAAAGGUGGGAGCUCUUCGUCUUCCCGAGCCUUUCCCAGCCCCGGGACUUGGCCGGAAAAAGCAAAACUUUGUUCCUCGUGCUCGGGCUGGCAAGACAGAGGGCACAGGCUAGUGCUCGGGGCAGUGCUGGGAGUGGGAGACAGAUGCAAGGAAAGCUGGUCCCCUGGGAGAUGCCAGGGGGUUUGGGGAUGCCUAGCGGGAAUGUGCUGCACCCCUCCUCCCACGGCUUCAGUGGCAUGAUGAGGCUGUUUGUAGGGUGAUUUGACUUUUAUUUGAUUUCCUCGCUGGUGCUUCCUCUGUGCUAAUCUGCUUCCACCCUCCCCAGGGGUGGUAGAAGGAGAGGUGGAGGAAAAGGUCACCCGACUCCAGCUGCAGAAGCCAAGUUGGUGGGAUGGAUCCAACCCCGCUCCCUCCGGCCCCAGGGCUGAUCUUGCUGGUUUUUGCAGCAGCUGUGUGGCUGAUUCCUAAAGCCAGGAGAUCCCUCCCAUCCCCCUAGUGAGGCCAAGAGGCUGCAGAGGAAGGAAGCGGUAUCUUUGCUCCAAAACAACUUGCUCUGCUCUUGGCUGUUGCAGGCACCCGCUGCAUGGAGGAAGCCACUUACUGCUGCAGCCCUCCCCAUCCCCUCUCCUGACGCCACUGUGGCAGGGUGACACCGUGGCUCUCUGGGUGCUGUGGCAGGGUGACACCGUGGCUCUCUGGGUGCAGUGGCAGGGUGACACCGUGGCUCUCUGGUUGCAGUGGGAGGGUGAUACCGUGGUUCUCUGGGUGCAGCAUCCAGGGACGGUUCCAUCAGCUGCUGCCACAAAGUGCCAAUUUUGUCAGUGUCAUCGCCACCCAACAGCACCUGCAGCUGGGAAACCUGGCACUGAGACACCAGCCUUCUGGGUGACACGGCAUGAGUGUGCCGGCCAACGAGCUGGGCAACCCGGCCCAUGCCAUCUUUGAGAGGUUCCUGCGUGCCGGGGAGUGCCGAGAGGUGCUGGCCUGCUUUGUGGAGCUAUGUCAGCAGCUGGGGCUGCAGGGCAGCGGGCUACAGCUAUACCACGGCCUCAAGGCUGCCCUCAACUACUGGAAUGCCAAGGCCCUGUGGAGCAAGCUGGAUAAGAAAGCUGGGCACAAGGACUAUGACCAAGGCACAGCCUGCGCUGGCACCAAGUGCCUGGUGGUGGGCGCUGGCCCCUGCGGGCUUCGGGAGGCCAUUGAGCUGGCGCUGCUGGGUGCCCGCGUGGUGCUGCUGGAGAAACGCGACUCCUUCUCCCGCAACAAUGUCCUGCACCUCUGGCCCUUCACCAUCCAUGACCUGCGGGCGCUGGGCGCCAAGAAGUUCUACGGACGCUUCUGCACUGGCACACUGGACCAUAUCAGUAUCCGGCAGCUCCAGCUGAUCCUGCUGAAGGUGGCUUUGCUCCUGGGGGUGGAGGUACACACGAAUGUGAGGUUCGAGGGCCUUGCUCCCCCCACGGGCAAGGCAGGUGGCUGGCAGGCUGUGCUGCAGCCCAGUUCCUCUCCCCUCACCCACUAUGAAUUCGACGUCCUCAUCUCAGCUGGCGGUGGCAAAUUUGUCCCUGAAGGGUUCAAGCGGAAGGAGACGCGUGGGAAAUUGGCCAUUGGCAUCACCACCAACUUCAUCAACCGCCACAGCCGGGCUGAGGUGGAGGUGGCUGAGAUCAGUGGCGUGGCCCGAAUCUACAACCAGAAGUUCUUCCAGAACCUGUACAACAAAACGGGCAUUGACCUGGAAAACAUAGUGUACUACAAGGAUGACACUCACUAUUUCGUCAUGACGGCCAAGAAGCAGAGCCUGCUCAAGAAAGGGGUCAUCCUUCAGGACAAAGCAGACAUUGAGAGCCUCCUGUCCCCAGAGAAUGUGAACCGGGACGCCCUCCUUAGCUAUGCCAAAGAAGCUGCCAACUUCUCCACCAACUACUGCCUGCCUGAGCUGGAGUUUGCCCUCAACCAUCGGGACCUGCCGGAUGUCGACAUGUUCGACUUCACCUGCAUGACACGUUCAGAGAAUGCAGCACUGGUGCGGGAGCACAACGGGAGCCGUCUGCUCAUAGGGCUGGUGGGCGACUGCUUGGUGGAGCCCUUCUGGCCGCUGGGCACCGGGGUGGCCAGGGGCUUCCUUGCUGCCUUCGAUGCAGCAUGGAUGGUGCGGCGGUGGGCAGCUGGGACACCCCCGCUGGAGGUGCUGGCUGAAAGAGAGAGCAUCUACCAGCACCUUUCGCAGACAUCCCCAGACAACACCAACAAGAACAUCAGUCAGUACAGCAUCGACCCGACCACGCGCUACUCCAACAUCAACCUGCAGGCCAUCAAAGCCAGCCAGGUCAAGGACCUUUACCUCGUGGGCAUGGCGGAGGUGGACCACAAGAGCAAGAGUGACAACCGGCUCAGCAUCGCAGCCCCUGGAGCUGUCUGUGAAGAGCUGCUGAGCUGGUGCCAGGCCAGCACUGCUGGAUACCCUGGUGUGGCUGUGACCAACUUCAGCACCUCCUGGAGCAGUGGCUUGGCCCUCUGCGCCCUCAUCCACCGCUUCCGUCCAGACCUGGUGGACUUUGACUCUGUGGAUCCUCAGGAUGCCGUUCAGACCCACCAGGCUAUGCUGGACAUAGCAGAGCAGGAGCUGGGCAUCCAGCCUGUCCUCUCCAGUGCUGAGAUGGCCACCAUGACAGGGCCUGACCAUCUGGACCUCAUUACCUACCUCAGCCACUUCUAUCAAGUUUUCAGGAGCUCUCCAGAGGUGGAGGUCAGCAAGAAGUCACUGUCUCCCCAUCACACUCGAGGGGCCAUCCUCUUCCUCAGCAAGCUGCAGAAGAGCCGGAACCUGGCACACAAACGUGCCCAGAACAGUGCCCAGAAGGACACUGAGGCCAAGAGGAGCCGCAGGGAUGCUGAGCAGGACACGGGGCUGGAUGGAGACACUCCGGACACUGCCCACAAGGUGCCACAAACCAGCGUGAUGGACCCAGGGCAGGUUGGUCCUCGUGUCACCUUGGGAUGGGGGUCCAGCUCAGGGCAGCUGGGCACUGGGGGAGCACCAAGGGCUGGCAGAGCCAAGCCAAGGGCUGGGACCAGGGCUGCACAAGCGAACGCCCACAGGUUCCCAGCUCCUCCCUGCCUGUUUCCUGACCCAACUGGUUUUCUGGAGCCAAGACUUGCCGCUCCCUCACCCACCUCAAGCACCCAGACGCAGCGCUGCGAGAGGGGCAAAGCCCUGCCCCGUGCCCCCAUGGCUGCCGGCACAGCCACAGGGCAGGGCAGGUGCCAGGCCCCCGGUGCCACCCCAGCCUGUCCUCUCCCCCUGCAGCCUCCGAGGGAGAGGACAGGGGAGAACAGUGAUGCCUGCUACAUCUGUGGCCGCCGUGUCUACAUCCUGGAGCGAGCCAGCGCCGAGGGACGCUUCUUCCACCGCGGCUGCUUCCAGUGCCAGCGCUGCGGGGCCACGCUGCGCCUGGGCGACUACGCCUUCAACGAGGAGGAUGGUCAUUUUUACUGCUCGCUGCACUACCCCAAUCCACCCAGCACGGACCUGCCCCAGGAUGAGGCUUCAGCACUGCUUGAUGGGGAUGUUGAUGCUGCUGCCCACCCACCCUCAGAUGCUGGAUGCUCAUGUGUGUCCCCCAUGGAGUGGGCACCCAGUCCACUUCAGCCCACUCCAGCAGCCGCACAGGCAGGGGAAGAGCCUGGGGAAAUUGAGGACACUGCAGAUGUUGGUGACAUGGAGGAGCAGGAGCUGCUGGCACAGCCUGGGGGGGAUGUGAGGGAAGAGGAGGUUCCCAGAGUGGAGCCCCAAGAGACAGCAGAGGAGGGUGAGGAGAGUGGGGGCAGGAGGAAGAUCAUCCUUACACCACUGGAGAAGCUCAGUCUAUCCACGCUGAACCUCACUGGUGAAGCAGAGCCCGAGCCUCCACUGAAGCCAGAUUGUCUGCAUCUCCAAGCAGCACCUGAGGCCCUCCCUGCCCUGUGGCAAGGACAAGGUGCCUGGAAGGAGGAGGAGGAGAAAAUUGACAUGGAGAAAGAUUUGGAAGAGAGUGACAGUGAGGAGGAGGAGAAAGAGGAGGAGGAAGGCACAGGUCUUGGCAUCAUGAAAGAGCUGUACCCAGACCCCAGAGAAGAGGAGAAAUACCCCACCUGGAAGCGCACAUUGGCCCGCCGGGCCAGGGAAUCCCAGAUGAAGAGGUUCUGCAGAGCCCAGGCCAUCCAGAGGCGGCUGGAGGAGAUUGAAGUGACUUUCCGGGAACUGGAGCAGCAGGGCAUCAAGUUGGAGAAGUUACUCCGGGAUGAGAAUGAGAGCCUGGCUGACCAGCAGACACAGUGGACAAACCAGCUGCUGUACCUGGUCCAGAAGAAGAACAACUUGAUGACCGAGGAGUCAGACCUCAUGAUUGCGGUGCAGGAACUGAAGCUGGAGGAGCAGCAGUGCCAGCUUGAUGAGAAGCUCCGGAGUUACAUGAACAAGGAGGAUACCCUGAAGACAGCUGAGGAUGAGAAAGCUGAGCAGGAGAUCCUGAAGCAGCUGGUGGAGGUGGUGAAUAAGCGGAACGUCCUCAUCCAGUUGCAGGAGGAGAAGCGGCUCAGCGAGCUGCGGGCUUGAUCCGCACAGCCCCGGAGGCAGCGGAUCCUCCCCGGGGGACAAGCAGAGUGUGUGUGUGUGAGUCUUGGGCUGAGCAUUACUCUGAGUUACCUCUGGAGGUGGCGAUGCCCCAGCUGCCCACAGCUGCCAGCUGCUGCCACAGCAAAUCCAGCUCCCUGCUUGCCAAAGUCUGUCACGGAGGGGCCAGACCUGCUGGUGGAUGCCCACAUGAGGAGACACCAAGAAACACUCAGCUUUGGGGUGCUGAGAGGGUGUUACUGUGUGUGGCUGGAUUGCCUUUGCCUUGUGCUUGCUGCAAAACCAGACUCACAGGGGAGUGCAGAAGCGGGCUGUGGUGGCUCCCAGCAGCAAGGAGGUGACUGGCCACCAAAGGCAGGCCACAGGGCAGAUGCCUUAUGUGCAGGGGCACCUUCCGGAAUGGUCCCUUGAAACCACCCUGGGACAUCCUUCCCAGCUGAGGGCAUCCAUCCCAGCCUGUCCAUCUCAAGGGACAUCUGGCUGUACAAGCUGGGGCCCGUGACAGACAGACUGGGCUGAUCCAGCUGUUCUGCACCACUGCUUUUGGAUGCCAUGUCCCACUGUUCCCAGCUGCUGCAAGAAACCAGGGUCAGAACCCUACCAUGAACCCCUUGGGCCAGGGAAGGCUUUUUUGUCCAGUAGCUCCUAAGGAAUUGUGCUCAGGGCCAGCACUCUAAUACAGAGGACAAGGGACACCAGCAGGCUCUGCCCUCCUUGCCCCUUUGGGAUUUCUUCUGCUUGAUGAUGACACACUGGCUUUGGCACAGACUUCAGACACCCCUGGAGUCCCUGGCUGUUGCAAGGUGGCCUCUGUGGCCAAAUGGUGCUCAUGGCAGCCCCAGAUGUAUUGGGACAGGGGUCCCAGGUGUAGGUUCCUCUGUUAGCAGCACCACCCUGUGC